UUCAACGGCGCACAGAUGAUGACUGCUGCUGGCACCUCACCGUGGUCAGUGUGACACCGAGCCUGUGUCCGUGGCUUUUUUAAGGGCGGGGGGUGUUCUCUGAUCUGUCGCCUCGCAGGUUGAACGCCCCUCCGUCCUCCACCGCCACGUCCCGUCACGGCGGUUCCCUUUCUGACAGCGGCCGACGAUGGCGCCCGAUCCGCGGCUGCGGGGCUACAGCGUGCGGCGGCUAGCCGGACGUUGAUCGGAGCUAACGCGAAACGUCAGGUCAGGACAGCGGACCGUCGGUGGCUUUUGGUUGGUGGGGAGGGGGGGUUCUAGUAGGAGCUCCGCGUGCCAGCGGCGUGCGGUCCUGCUGGAUUUCCCAGACAACAAAAGCACCAAAGUGCAGGGAGGCAGUGUGGCUGAUUAGCGCCGAGGAGCCGUGGAGCAGCGUAGCUGUCCACGUCUCGUCUGUUUCACAGCUGAGCUAGGCCACGUCCCUGCGGGCGGAUUUCACCUCCUCACAUUGGACGGAUUGCAGAGAAGAUGCCCAGUGUGCGGAAGGAGGAAGGAGAGUGAAGAUCUGUGGAGAUGUGAGGCUCCCUCCGGCUUUCAUGACUGCGUGUGCGCGUGUGGGGGGAUUUUUGAACACUUGCCGCAUAUCCACGACGGCAUGUCACGUAGACGGAUGAGUUUUACACCGGGAGAAUACUCUGCGUGAGCUCAGUCGCGGUACCGGACUGAAACUUCCUAUUUCUUUUCUUUCUUUUUUCUUUUUUUCUUUCUUCAAAUUGAAAUGGUGGGGUUUGGCGCAAACCGACGGGGAGGCCGCCUCCCGUCCUUCAUCCUCAUCUUCUUGAUGGUGAUCAUCGCCAUACUGUCGUUCAACUACUGGACGGUGUCCGGAAAGCACAGCCGCGUGCUGGACGAGCUGGCCGAGGUGCAGACGCAGGUGAAGCGCACGGACGCGGCGCGCAGCCGGCUGGAGAAGCGCAACUCGGAGCUGAUGGUGCAGGUGGACACGCACAGGAAGCAGAUGGACCUGAAGGACCAGGACUACAACGUCCUGGAAGUCAAGCUCCAGACCCGGGACGCACUCAUCAAGAAGUGCUCGGAUGAAAAGAUAAAGCUGCAGGGUGAUGUUACAGCCCAAAUGACAGAAAUACAGAGGCUGAAAGAGCAGCUCAGGGAGCUGAAGCAGGAGUUCAUGAAGCAGGAGGAGCAGAUCAGAGACGUGAAGAAAAAUAGCACUACUUUGGAGAGAAAACUGGAGUAUGAAAGUUUACAGUGCGGGCGUCAAAUUGCACAACUUAAAGACGAGUAUGAAGAAACAAAAAGGAGCCUGGAGGCAGAAGCAGCCAAACUGAGACAGAGUUUACUGGAAGGCCAGAAGGGCGUAGUGGCAGCUGGACACGCAGAAGGACAGCCUGGCGGAGACGCGGCCGGAGAGCGCCACGCGGUGACCACUCACCGACACAACAGACAGCCGGACCUCAAAGAAGAGAUGGGUAAGCCUGGCAGCGACGCCGGCAUGCCCGGCAUCGAAGACAGCGAAGUGGGGAAAAUGGAGGAUGUUCAAUUUGCCUUGAAGAAGCCGGCCAUCACUCAGAAGCGUGACGAGGCUCCUGAUAUGGUCGUGGGUGCCGGUGCCGGACCCGGACCGGCACCGGGACUCGGGGAAGCCGACGGGCCAGUGGGCCAGAGCCCGCUGCUGGACCAGCCCAGACUCCAGCAGGACAGGCUGGACGGCCGGGCCGCGGUGAUCGCGGUCCCGGGCAUGAUCAAACCGGCAGACAAGCCCAUCGUGUUCGAAGAAGACAACAAGGCGGGGAUCCAGGCAGACGAAGCGGGAGAGCAGCCGAAGCAGCUUGGAGCUCCCGAUAAUGUCCUGGGCGACAGCGAGCACAUGAAGAGGAUGCCUCUUCCCCAGAAUCCCGCCCAGGUGCCAAACCCCAUCCAGCCUCUGAUCGGCAAAGAGCAGGCUCCGGCGGAGCCGGUGCACCACCGCCAAAGCCGGUUCUUUGAUGAGAACGAGUCCCCAGUAGAUCCGCAACACGGCUCUAAGCUGGCGGACUACAAUGGGGACGAUGGGAACGUGGGUGAGUACGAGGCCGACAAGCAGGCCGAGCUGGCCUACAAUGAGGAAGAGGAUGGUGAUGGUGGGGAGGAAGACGUCCAAGACGACGACGAUCGGGACAUGCAGGGCGACCGGGCAGGGGAUUAUGGGAAAAGACAUCAAGGCAAUGACGGCCUUUGAGCGCGAAGGCGAACGUCACAGACUGGCAGACCUUCCUCCGCAGUCCGGACCUCUCUUACAUAGAUCGAACAUGAGUACAUACAUGUAGGAGUCUGUAGGGCGCACCCUCAGCGUCACGGACUAUUUGGAAGAACAGACACUGCAACUAAUGAAUUAAUUCCGAAUAAUGUAACAUAAUAAACGGCAACAAAAGAAGUCGUGGCGUUUUGCGGAGCUGCUGUUGAUUCACUGUAAGUUAUGACAGUAGAGACGCGAUACUGUACAUUGACUGUUGAGUUUUGUUACUCGAUAAUUGCCUCGAAUCAUUUUGAAGAGGUCUGAAGAGUCCUGUAGACUCAUCUGAACUUUAAGAUCCAUUCAUGUUUUUUUUUCUACUUUUUUUCCACUUUGCCGUAGCUUGAUAUAUAAACAGACUUCACCCAAGAAUGUUUAUCAAUUAGACUAAUUUGGCAUUCUGCCUUUCUAACAUAAUUUUGGGACUUUAUAUGGAGGAUUUUCUUUCUUUUUUGUUAUUUGCAGGAGUGGGACUACAUUGCAAAUGCCAAGGACUUUACUUCUGGCCUAUUAAACCUUUUUUCGUUCUCUUCCUUCUUGACAGACACUUCAAAGUGCUCCUCUUUCAGUUUUUGUAAACCGCGAUACCAGUUGCAUGCAUUUGAAAGUUUUUAUUAACGAAACCCCGCAGAAUACCGACGCUUAAGCAAUACUUAGAACAAUGUUAGGAUCCUCCGCCGUGUGCAGAUAUUAACCGAGCACAUGUGGAACUGACAGACUGUACACAUGCUUCCAUUAUCGAGGUCUCUUCUUGUACAUAAUGUAGUUGAACUGUUACCAUUUGUACCGAGGAAACGAAUUCCUCACCUUUAGGGAAAUCUGUGAACAUGAAAUCGGUUCUGUUUGUGCGACCAGGAAAAUUGAUUUCUCAUGGAAAGGCACAUUGAAUGUAAUUUAAUUUUAUUAAAGGUGAUGCUUCAUGCUAUUUGUCAC